UUCUGGGCCAGUUUCUCUGGCGUUAGAGUUGCUGUUGGCUGGAUCGUUAGCUCGAUCGUCAGCUCGGAGACUGUGGAAAUAGCGAUCUAGGAUCUGCUGCGUUGUGUCGCGCCCUCAAGUCGUGGAUCUCCGUCCGGAAAAAGAGUUUCGGUCUGUCCGGAGAUCGGUUCGUGUCCGAAAUUGCUGGAGCAGAAGAAAGAGCGAGAGUGAUGGGUGCGUGCUUAUCGACUGAGAAACUGCCUGAGAACUUUUUCAUCGUUCGAAACAUCCACGACGAAAAUCGAAAGUUCCCAAAAGGGUUAAUCGAAGUGACCCAAGUGGAGCUGAAAUACAAGGAUACUCAGUCCGGAGAUGAGUGGGUGUGGCCUCUGAAAUACCUCAGGAAGUACGGCUGCGAUAGGGACAUAUUUUCAUUUGAGGCAGGAAGAAAGUGUCCCGGGGGUGAAGGGUUAUAUGCCUUCUCCACUAAGAAAGCGUCACAGCUGUUCGACAUGGUGGCUCGAAACAUCAGCGACGGAGGGUUGGAGCGGGACGAAGUGGGCGUGUUGUCCCCACAAGAUACAAGUCAAGGGGUGUCCCCUCCAAUUAUGACGUCGCCGAGUGUCAUAUCGACCCCCAAUCCUCCUCCUCCUCCUCCAGCAAUGAACCCUCCCUCUCAUCUCCCUCCCUCCGCGACACCGCGGCAGCCGGAAUACACAAACAUAAGCUAUCACGACGGCCAGCAAGCUGUCGCGUUGGCUGCCACUACAAACGGCCAUGCUGCCUCCACACCCCCUCCCCAUCUCCCCGCCCUACAAAGGGACCGUCUGCCUACUGAUCAAGAAACGCCCUCCCCUCCCCUCAAGCUAAACUACAUGGAAGUUGAAGUAUCCAGAUCUUCACUCGAUAUCGAGGGCAAAGAAACGGAAAAACGGGUGUCGUAUUCCGAGAUCGAUAUAAAACAGACGGAGGAAUACAAGCAGAAGAAGGCGCUGGAACAAGCUAUGAACCAACGGCCCCUCCCCAACAUAGGGACCGGGGAGUUUAAAAUCGUGACCCCCUCGGACGGAGGGCGGAAAUCCUCCCGACCCCCUUCUGCUUCGUCCACCGGCUCCGCUGUCACGCCCCUUUCUACCGCUGCACAGCGCUCAAUGUCAGAAGGAAAUUUCUCGUUCCCCUCUCACCAAAAGGGGAGCAAUGGUGUGAUUCCCGGUCGCCCGCAUUCCAAUUCUUCGUCGGCAGUUAUGGAUGCCGGCGGUGCUCCCACGCUGCUCUACCAGAACAUCGCCAUGUCCCGGUCAAACGUGGCUCCUCAGACUAUUCCGGAAGAUUCCGAAACUGUACUCCACUUGUCUCCAGCUCCCCAUGGGCAGCCCAACUACAUGAACAUAAAGCCCAACUCUGCACUCGGCAGUAGCGGAGGUGGACGUCGGGGCACAGACCCAGCAAUGUACCACCGGGAGCCGAGACUUGGAUUGAUGCGUCACGGUUCCGACACGCAAGCCACCUACCAGAACCUCCAGGUCGGGAUGGGCGCCACGUCGCCACCGAGGGUGUCAGAAUCCUCCUCGUACCUCUCUGCUUCGCCUCCGCGAGUGGGCGGACCCAAAAUGGGCAUCUAUGCCCAGUUGGAUCUUAGCGGGCAUGCUACGAGCACCCCGAAAGGGAAGGGAGGGGACGGACACGAGCGGAAAAGGAGCAGCGAGGACGAGGAAAGUCACAUGACCCUCAAUUUCUCCGGAGUGUCUCUGCCUCCUAACAAGACCCCUGAGCCGAUGGAGACCUCCUGCACGAGGCACUCUCCUCCUCCAACUCAGAUUCAACUUCCCGAAGAGCGGCGCUCCUCGGCGGAAGUUUCUCGUCCGGGCGCCGCAGCUGUGAUUCAGGAUCGUCCCGAAGACAGUACGACUGUAAAUUACUCCACCAUGAACUUUGACGCCAUAAGAGGCCUCCAGUUAACCAGGGAGCAGAGGGAACAAGAGAUAAGAGAGAGACUGGAAGAGGAAGCGAGAGAAAAGGAGAGGAAGGAGAAAGAAGAAGCCGAAAACCCCGGGAAGAAGAAGAAGAACAAGAAGAAGAAGAAGGACAGGCGCAACAGCCAUCAGUAGUAGAGUGGAAAUGAGUACUUUUUUUAAAGGGUUUGUCGACAAUUCACAUCAUCUCUCCUGUUUGUGACUUUUUGUACCUGUGUGUGAGUGUGUGCGUGUUUUCAUCUAUAUGCAGUGCAUUGUGUAAUCCUAUGCUGAUGGUUUGUGUGUAAAUUAACGCUGGCUGUGGUUUUAUACGCAUGCGCAGAGAGGCCGCCGACCAAUGCAAGAUGCCGAACUUGCGAGGGACAGUGGGGGCGGCCAGCGUGUGUGCCGCUCUGGGCGCCAUCCUCUACAUCAACACGCUAAGCUGUGGCUUUGCCUUUGACGACAAGGCCGUCAUAGUAGACAACCAGGACCUGCGACCGAACGUAUCGUGGGCGAACGUCUUUCUGAAUGAUUUCUGGGGGACGCCGAUGAGCUCUCCGGAUAGCCACAAGUCGUAUCGUCCUCUGACGAUGGCCACUUUUCGGCUGAACUACAUGCUGCACGAGCUGGAGCCGCUGGGCUACCACUUGGUGAACGUGCUCCUGCACAGUGCAGUGGUCUACCUGUACGUACUGCUGUGUGGUGUGGUCUUCAGUGAAGUGUGGCCGGCACUGAUAGCUGGACUACUGUUUGCAGUCCACCCCAUACACACUGAGGCGGUCGCAGGUAUUGUUGGAAGAGCAGAACUACUAUCUUGUCUGUUUUUCAUCCUGGCAAUAUACUACUACAUCGGAGCUAUUCGCUCACCAAAUGGAUCGAAGAAGUUAGUACUGAGUUUAUUGAGUGUGCUGUGCUCGUUGGUCAGCAAGGAGCAAGGAGUGACAGUGGUUGGCGUUUGCCUCGUAUACGAUCUCUUCAUUGCUAAUAAGAUAACAUUAUCCGAGCUGCUGUGGAUGAUGAAUGGCAAAUCCAGUCAGUGGUUGCCAAGGUGGUCCGCCAUGUUAAGGAGGACUGUUGUCAUGGUGACGUUUACCGCCGUCGUCAUGGGGAUUCGACUGACGAUGAUGAGGAAUAGACCCACAUUCAAUGCUCUGGAUAACGAGGGGCUCUACUUAGACCCACCACAUCGCUAUCUCCACUGGGCAUACCUAGUCUUUAUCAACACUUGGCUCCUUAUUAACCCGAGUCAUCUGAUGCACGACUACCGGAUGGGGGCAAUCCCUCUACUCAGGACUCUCAGCGACCCUCGUCAUAUCCUGACUCUCCUCACGUUCUCAAUCUACCUCUUUCUCGGAUUGUUCUCACUGGGGAUUUUCGAUAGGAGCGAGAAAUGUGUGAAAAACUCAGAGACUAAAAUAGGCGGGAGAUUUCGGAGACAAUCGGGCAACUGGGAGUACAGUAGGAGCCAAAAUAUGUUGCUUUUUGGACUGUCGAUGCUGAUCUUCCCGUUCAUCCCGGCCUCCAAUCUUUUCAUGACUGUGGGAUUCGUAGUGGCUGAGAGAGUCCUCUACCUGCCCAGUCUCGGAGCCUGCUUCGUAGUCGGUUACGGCGUUUCCGUUCUUUUCGCUUCUCCAAGGAAAUCCGUUCGAGUCGCGGCUGUCAUUUUCUUCUGUCUCGUUCUGGUGAGCCAGUGUGUGAAGGUGGUCGUGAGAAAUCCGGUGUGGGAGUCGAAAUUGACUCUCUACGAGGCUGGAGUGAAGCUCUAUCCACACAACGGGAAUCUACUGGGCAACAUUGGGCUUAAUUACAGGAGGAGGGGAGAUAACGAGUUGGCCGAGAGAGUGUACAGGUACAGUAUGGAGGUAGCACCUGAGGCUUCUCUUUCGUUCAUGAAUUUCGGUGUAAUGCUGAAAGAAGAUGGAAGACUGAAGGAAGCAGAAGAGGUGUUGAAGCAAGCUGCUGAAACGAUAAUGGAUGAUCCAACUGCCGAAGGAAAGGAAGAACGAAAGGCCAAAAUCCACGUAACGGUCGGCAAUCUUAUUUCAGCGGAUGCAAACAGAUUAGAAGAAGCUCUUCGAUACAUAAGUAAAGCGGUUUCCAUUUACCCAAACCUCCCCAACUCCCACAACAGUAAAGGGUCAGUGCUACACAGGAUGGGUCGAAUGCUAGACGCCAAGUCUGCGUUCGAAGAGGCCAUACGCUGCAACCCAAACUAUGCCAACGCCCACUUUAACCUGGGCCUGGUUCUGUACCAGACUGGAAACUUGACGGGAUCGAUUCACGAGUUCAGGACCACUAUCAGAAUUGAUCCAAACCACACCAUGGCACGCCUGCAGCUACAGAACAUGAAGGAAAAUGGCGAGAUUCCUUCAACAAAGUCACAGGUAAAGCGGUGACGUCACAAAUUAUCAACAAAUUUCGCCGGGCUAGCUACCUAUAGACCAACAAAAGGUGAAAAUUUUGUAUCAUUUUUUUCCCUACAAAAAUCACAACUCUCUAAACUUAUUGCUGUGUGUUUAGGUAUAAAAUGAAGACCAAAUCCCUAAAGCUUUUGAGAAAGCUGUAAAAUUUCUUCCCUAAUUUGUAAUGUCUUUGA